UGUUUCAGGAUGUCCCGUUGACGGUUUUCUUUAUGCACAAACUGGUGAUUUUAGCCAACUUCCUCUUCUGUGCCAUUAUCCAGUUAAGUUAUAUAGAAAGUCUGACGCUAAAAAUUGCUUAAUUUGGGCGACUAAAUUCUAUUCAAUUGAAUAAGUAGUAAAAUAAUUAAUUUCAUGUCUGUACAUCCGGAAUCACUGCUUGCAAUGGCAGCCUCCACUGUUCCUUCCAGGAUUUUCCUGAAGCCAUUGUGUUUCCUGUUGAUUUUGUUGUUUCUUGGUUUUUGUUCAUCGUUGUUGCAUCCUUCGGUGGCCAACUCAGUUUAUGAACACCGUAACCACACCGCCAUAUCUGCGUUUCGAGUAGUGAACAGAAGAUCUUUGUUGGAGUGUCCUAAUCUCAACCCUUAUCUCCAAGUUAACGUCAGUAAAACUUCUGACCUCGCCGAUGAAGAGUUUGUCACGGUGACUGUCAGCGGAGUCUUGCAUCCUGCACACAGUGAUUGGGUUGCUAUGAUCUCGCCUUCUCAUGCUUCUGUGAAGAGUUGUCCCUUAAGCGAGGCUUUCUAUCUUCAGACUGGAGAUACAAGUCAUCUUCCUCUCCUCUGCCAUUAUCCUGUGAAGGCACAGUUUGUGAGCAACGAUCCAGAUUAUCUGAGUUGCAGGAAGCAGGAAUGCAAGAAGUAUAACAAUACCGAAUGUGUGGUGAAAUCAUGCAGUGGUUCAGUAACUUUUCAUGUCAUUAACAUCAGAACAGACAUUGAAUUCGUUUUCUUUGCUGCUGGAUUUGAGACGCCUUGCAUUUUGAGACGGUCAGAUCCUAUCAAUUUUGCCAAUGCAAAUCAGCCUUUAUAUGGACAUAUAUCGAGCAUAGACUCUUCAGGAACAUCUAUGAGAUUGACAUGGGUCAGUGGGGAUAAGGGACCCCAACAAGUCCAAUAUGGAGAUGGAAAAUCAGAGACAUCACAAGUUUCUACCUUCUCGCAAGCUGACAUGUGCAGCUCUCUUGUACCAAGUCCAGCGAAGGAUUUUGGGUGGCAUGAUCCUGGAUAUAUUCAUUCAGCAGUCAUGACAGGACUUCAGCCCUCAUCCAAAUUUUCCUACAGAUAUGGAAGUAAUUCAGUUGGCUGGAGUAAGCAAAUCGAUUUCCGGACUCCGUCUGCCGGAGGAUCAAAUGAACUCAAGUUUCUUGCAUAUGGCGAUAUGGGAAAGGCUCCUCUUGAUGCCUCAACUGAACACUACAUACAGAUUCAAUCGGUUGGACUGACGUUGACCCGGAGAGUACCCUUUGAUCUGGUCAAGGCACGGUUCGGUCUGAAAACUUUGCCAGGAUCUAUCUCAGUGGUGAAAGCCAUGACUCAAGAAAUAGAUAAUGGCAAUGUAGACUCAAUCUUCCACAUCGGAGACAUCAGCUAUGCAACAGGCUUCUUGGUUGAAUGGGACUACUUCCUCAACCUUAUAACCCCUUUGGCUUCAAGAGUUUCUUACAUGACUGCAAUUGGAAACCAUGAAAGGGAUUACAUAAAUUCAGGGUCAGUGUAUAUCACUCCGGAUUCAGGUGGAGAAUGUGGAGUUCCUUAUGAGACAUAUUUUCCGAUGCCAACUCCGGCAAAGGAUAAGCCAUGGUAUUCCAUCGAACAAGGUCCUGUUCACUUCACAGUCAUGUCUACUGAGCAUGACUGGUCAUUUAAUUCUGAACAGUAUAACUGGAUGAAAAUGGAUAUGGCUUCGGUGGAUCGAUCAAAAACCCCUUGGUUAAUUUUUACAGGGCACAGACCAAUGUAUACUUCUUCUGGUGGACUGCUGAAUGUGGACGGGCGCUUUGCUCAAGAGGUAGAACCAUUACUUCUUCAAAGCAAGGUUGAUCUGGUGCUCUUCGGCCAUGUUCAUAACUAUGAGAGAACCUGCUCAGUUUUUCAAAGCAGAUGCCUCGCCAUGCCUGCAAAAGAUGCAAACGGGACAGACACAUAUGAUCAUAGCAAUUACAAAGCACCAGUGCAGGCUGUAAUUGGCAUGGCUGGCUUCAAAUUGGACGGUUUCCAAAAAAAUGAGACCUGGAGUUUGUCGAAGAUGAUGAAAUUCGGAUACCUAAGAGUUCAUGCCACAAAGGAAGACAUGAAAUUAGAGUUUGUAGAAGCAGACACAAGAAAAGUUGGAGAUAGUUUCCGAAUUAUUAAGAGAUAGUAUAAAUGGACAGAUAAUAUACAGAUGAAAAUUGGCAAGAGAUGGGCUUUACAAGAACUUCAUGAACAUGUAUCAAAUUAUCUCUCUGUUAAUACUGAAUAAAUUAUGAUGCAUCCUGGACAAAGGGCUACUGACUAAUCCCUCACUUCGCUGUUUGCAUUUUCUUGAACCAACUAUGGCUCACUAAUUAAGAUUGGAUCGAAUAUGAUCUGCUGAAGCUCAAAUUUAAAAUCUGAUUGAAUGAGCUGAAUUCAAUCCAAUGCUAUUAUUA